AUGAGCACAGGUCACCAACCUGGGGUUUUCAAAAGACCUGCAAAAGCUCACAAGACGUUUAAAGGAAAAAGGUCUAAAGGUCAAAUCGACGCUGAGAAUCGAGGCAGAGUUGGGGUGACCGCCGUUAUCAGAUCACGAAAGCGACUUCUUUCCAAAGAGGAACGGCACCAUAAAGCAGCGCAGAUUCGUGCUAACAAGCGCAGAGCUGUAAUUGAGCGGCGUCGAGGGUUGGAUGGUGGUGUGGCUGCACCCACUUUAGUUACAGUUAUUUCGUUUGGAAGCAGCGCUUCUGAUUUCGUUAAAACUGUUGCAAAAUGCGACGAUACCAUUGUCCACACACAAGGACACAAUGUGGACUAUUUCGCGAUUCCUCGUUUCAAAUCUCGAUUGGGGCUCUUGACACCGGACCUCUCCAAGCACGAUAAUAUAUUAGAUUCAAUUAAGACAGUUAUUUCGUUUGGAAGCAGCGCUUCUGAUUUCGUUAAAAGUGUUGCAAAAUGCGACGACACCAUUGUCCACACACAAGGACACAAUGUGGACUAUUUCGCGUUAGUUCUUCGUUUAACUUACUAUGGAUGUAAGGCAUAA